GUGGCGCGAUUCUUAAAAAAUGUUGCCUCGGUCCCUUCGAAAUGAAGACAGAGCUUAUGUUCGCUUUAUAAAUAAAACAGAUAGGAUGGUGGAACUGAUAUGGCUUGAUUUUGAUGGAAGGUAUGUAAGGUACCGGAUUCUAGAAAAAGAUCAUUUUUUGGAUGUUAACACAUAUAAAAAUCAUCCAUGGAUAGCAUUGGACAUGAAGACUAAAGACAGGUUACACAUAGAAAAAGGUUUUAUAUACAAUCCUAAAACUAGCAGGGAAUACUUACAAGAGAGAUUCCCAGAUAGAGAAAUCCCAGAGAAUUAUGAAGCGAGAAUCAGAGUCAAUAUUACCUUGCCCUUAUAUACUUUAAAAUAUAGAUCAUUAAUUGAAGUCAGGAAUCAUUUUCGAACUGUUGAAGAUGUUGAUAAAUUAGAACUACCAAAACCUUUAGCUGAAGAUUUAAAACGAAUCAUUGAACAUAGAAAUUCUCAAUCAGCAGUUGAUAUACAAGUUUAUUAAUAAAUACAACAUUACAUGGGGAGAUAAGACUGAUCGAGAUGUGAAAGGUAAUUCAUGUACCUUGUUUGAAUAUUUUCGAUAAAUUAAAAUGGCAAAUUUGAAGUUGAAAUGUCGCACCAAAUGUGGUUUUUAUAAAACUAUUGUUCAUUCAUGGGUAAUAUUAUCGUAAAUGGGUUAAUAAGAAUAAGAAAGAAGUUUAUAUAUGAUACCAGCAGAAUCAAGUGUGAUAACCUCUGUAAUUUCCUGUGAGGAUCUGAAAAACUAUGUAGUAAUAGAACUAAAUAUGUAUGUUGCUUUUUAACCAAAAUAAUUGUAAAUGGUGUCUGUAGCUAUUUCUAUAGCCACAGAAAUAAAAACCGACAGUUUUGAAAUAACAGUAACCAGCUCUUUACAUAAUUGUUAGUUAUAAACUCGGGGAUUAUUACGUUUUUUCAAAAUUUUUUCAUUAAAUAUCGAACAUAAGUGUAUCCCUAUUUUGUUCUUAUUUUUCGAUAUAGAAAAAAAUUUGUAGGAAACUUUUUAGAUUUUCUAAAGAAGUGAAGAAGAUAUACCUAAUUGAUAUUUGGAAGAAAUGUGCACUUCAUGUAUCUUUUUUUUAUUGGCCACCAAACUUCUAGGUGUCCUCGGUCAAAAAGGGUGAGCUAAUUGAGAAAAUUAUUACACUUAAAAAAAUAUAAAUUUUUCUAAACACUAAAGAUGGCAUUUUAAAAAACCUCCAGACUGUAAGUUGUCAGUAUUCGCAUAAAAAAGAGAACAAAAAAGUUAUUACACU